CUGAGGCGGCGGGCGCGGCCUGCGCUCCCGGACGCGUUCCUCGGCCUGCUGGAGCGGCGCGAGGCGGCCGAGGGCGAGCGGCGAGCCGCCCGCGGCGGGCCUGUCCCCGGGGUGGAGGUGGGCGAGGCCUCGACGUCGCGCUCGGGCACGUCGUUCUCGCCGGCGGCUUCGCUGGCAAGCAGGAUGCCCAACAUCAAGCUCUUCAGUGGCUCCUCGCACCAGGACCUGUCGCAGAGGAUCGCCGACCGGCUGGGCCUGGAGCUGGGCAAGGUGGUCACCAAGAAGUUCUCUAACCAGGAGACGUGGGCGAAAUGCAAUCUCCGCAGCGUGGAGAUCGGUGAGAGCGUGCGCGGCGAGGACGUCUACAUUGUCCAGAGCGGCUGCGGCGAGAUCAAUGACCACCUGAUGGAGCUGCUGAUCAUGAUCAACGCCUGCAAGAUCGCGUCGGCCAGCCGAGUGACAGCCGUCAUUCCCUGCUUUCCCUACGCCCGGCAGGACAAGAAGGACAAGAGCCGGGCGCCCAUCUCCGCCAAGCUCGUCGCCAACAUGCUCUCGGUGGCCGGCGCUGACCACAUCAUCACCAUGGACCUGCAUGCCUCUCAGAUCCAGGGUUUCUUUGACAUCCCCGUCGACAACCUGUAUGCCGAGCCGGCUGUUCUGAAGUGGAUCAAGGAGAACAUCGCCGAGUGGAAGAACUGCACUAUCGUCUCGCCAGACGCUGGGGGGGCCAAAAGGGUGACAUCAAUCGCUGACCGCCUAAACGUCGACUUUGCCCUCAUCCACAAGGAGCGCAAGAAGGCCAGCGAGGUCGACCGCAUGGUCCUGGUGGGCGACGUCAAAGACCGGGCAGCCAUCUUGGUGGAUGACAUGGCCGACACCUGCGGGACAAUCUGCCACGCCGCGGACAAGCUCCUCUCGGCGGGUGCCACCCGGGUCUACGCCAUCCUGACGCACGGCAUCUUCUCCGGCCCGGCCAUCUCCCGGAUUAACGGUGCAGGGUUUGAGGCCGUCGUUGUCACUAACACCAUCCCGCAGGAGGAGAAGAUGAAGCACUGCCCCAAAAUCCAGGUGAUUGACAUCUCCAUGAUCCUGGCUGAAGCUAUCCGCCGCACCCACAACGGCGAGUCCGUCUCCUACCUGUUCAGCCACGUCCCGCUAUAGUUCCCGACCCUGGCGCACAAAUUCCCUUUGGGGAAAAUCAGUCCUCUGUGCAUGUACAGAGUGCUGAGUUGGCUUUAUCCCACGAUUCCCCCUUUUUCAGUUUGGGGCGCUGGUGGGUGGGAAUUCUAGCGCGGGUCUAAUUUGGGGCUCAUUCUAUCCACUCGUUUCUCUGGUCCUUUCACUUCCCGAAAUUCUUUGAAUUGGGGGUGCCUGGCAGCCGGAAUUUAAAACACAAUUUAAAAUGGGGUAUUUAUUGUUCAUAUCCGAUGGGGCAAUCCAAUUACUUGGUGUCAGCGCUACAAUUCCCUGCCCCUUGAUUUGGGGUUUUAAAGCUAUCACUCCCAGCCCCAAAUCCCAUUCGUUCCCCUCUUUUCUCGUACUCCAUGCUAGUUUCCUUCCCCACAAAAAAACAACUUUUGGGGGGAAUCGGGGUCCCUGGUGUUGGUGCUAGAAUUCCCCCAGGUGCCCAGUGGUGCCACAACUCUCCUAAACCCCAUUCAUUUCGUUCUGUCUCCUAUCGCCCCCCCAAAUACACUUAAUUUUGAGCUCGGAUGCAGGUGCCCGGCGGCACUACAACUCCCCUAAACCCCAUUCAAAAAUACACUUAAUUUUGAGCUUGGAUUCCCUGUCUUCGCAUCUAUUCAUUUCAUCCGAUCUCAACUUUCGAUUCCCAUUAUUCCCCUUCCCCCCCCCCCAAAAAAAUAACCCCAAUUUUUUCGGAUUCUGGUCUCAGAUCCCGGGUGGCAGUAUGGGAAUUCUAGUGUGCUUUAAAUGAAAAAAAUAUUAACCUGCGGGUUAAUAUCGGAUGUGUCCUGUUCAUUUCAGAGGGGGGAAUUGCUGCUACAGUUCUCCCCACUCAGAAAAAAUCCUGUUUAUUUCAACCCUUCGCCCUCGGGCGCCCAGUUGGGAAUUAUAGACUCCUGAAGCUCCUGUUCCCCACCUCCAGUUCCAGGUUCAACUCCUGAUGAUGGACGAAUGAAUAAUAAACUCUUAUUUAAAAGCCCAAAA